AUGCCCAGGAAGAGGAGGAGGAGGAGGAAGAAGAAGAAAUACCACCGCCACCCCAAGCCCCCCUACACCUACUUGGCUAUGAUUGCCCUGGUGAUCCAGGCAUCCCCCGACCGGAAGCUCAAAUUGUCCCAGAUCAUCAAGGAGAUCAGCACCCUCUUCCCCUUCUUCAAGGACGGGUACCAGGGCUGGAAGGACUCCAUCCGACACAACCUCUCAGCCAACGACUGCUUCCACAAGGUGCUGAAAGACCCCGCCAAGCCCAAAGCCAAGGGGAAUUUCUGGACCGUCGACGUGGACCUCAUUCCCCCGGAGGCUCUCAAGCUGCAGAACACGCCCGUCUCCCGACAAGAGGAGAGGGCCUUCACGGUCGACCUGGCUCCCUUUGUGUACCACGGCUGGGCUUUCAACACCCCCCCGCCUCCCCUUGAUGCGGCCGCCCCAGGGGGGAGUGGGGCUCCGGGCAGCGAUGGGGGCCGGCAGAGCAGCCCCUUCAGCAUUGACGCCUUGCUGCACGACUUCCAGGACGUGGCUGGCUUGGGAGCCUGGGGCACGGUCCCUAUCUUCCGAGUCUCCUCCGGGGGGCCCGUCCUCCCCUGGCGGCCCCCAUGCCCCCUGCCCGUGCUCAGCUCCCUCUCCUCCUCCAGCCGCUCCUUGUCCCCCAAUGAAAGGGAGGAGCCAAAGGAAGGGGGCAGUUCCUUGACUUCGGCCAAGCGCCCCCGAGUCAUCUGCCCCACCCACGAGAGCAGUGGCUCCGACUCCAGGGAAGGCACUCCGCCUCCUGCCGCCCCUUGCUGGGAGGAGCUCCCUACUUCAUACACCCCAUGUGUGGCUCCCAAUGUGGUGGUGGCACCCCCAAGCCCCACCCUGCCCUUCUCGGCCUUUCCCGCCAACCCAGCCUUUCCCUCCUACAGCCCCACGCCUCUUGCACACCCAGCGUGCUGGGAGCUGAUGCCGCGGCCCUCCCUGAGCCCCAUCACCUCCUCCAGGGCAUGCUUGGACCCGGACGAAGCAAUGCCUCCCAACAAGACCGUGUUUGACGUCUGGAUGAGCCACCCCAUGGACAUUGUCCACCCAGCCUUUCCCAGGACAGGCCAUUCCCCCCGGAGCUCAGUGCUUGCCCACUACAACUCCUCCUGA